CUUGCCUUGAAAGGAAUGCCGGUCCAGAACGGCUUCAUUUUCCAACCCUUUGCCGCAGUAAGCAGCGACCAAGGGGCCAGACCCGGACCGAGCGGAUCAGAUCUGGCGGCUCCGCAUGGGGUGGGAGGACCAGGAGCAGCCUGAACUGGGAGCGAGGAAGUGGCGGGGGUGGGGAGCAAUUUCAGGCGUUGUUCACUUCGGCCCGUGGACAGCGCACCUGGAGGGCGGCACAAGCCCCUCUCAGCCUCUCCAAGACGCACGAUGGCACCGGGCAGUCCCGGGCGCUGGGGCACGGCAGCUGGGGCGGGCAGGCUACCGCAUGCCUCCAUUUCCCCAGCAGCCGGGGGCGGACAGGCUCCCUCCUGGCUCCGUCCUACGGCUGUCCCCGCCCGGGGAGGACUACAGCGCCCAUCGGUCCCUGCGCGCCGCCCACACACUCUCGCCUCUCACCCCUAUCGCUGCCUCCUGCCAGCCGGUAGCCGGACCCGGCUCGGCGAGAGGGGCUGCGCUCGCCGGGCAGGGCCGGGCCGGGCCGGGCAGGGCAGGGCAGGGCAGGGGUGCUGCGGGAGGGCGGCGGCCAUCCUCGGGGGCGGCGGCGGGGUGGAGCCGGGCGGCCCCGGCCCCGUCCCGUGCGGGGGAGCGGCUCCUCGCAGCCUCGCUGCCGCCGUCCCGACCGCUCCUGUCUCCGCGGCUCAUGAGGUGAAGAUGGUGAUCCGCGUCUUCGUCGCCUCCUCCUCGGGCUCGGUGGCGAUAAAGAAGAGGCAGCAGGAUGUGGUGAGGUUUCUGGAAGCCAAUCGCAUAGAGUUCGAAGAAGUGGAUAUCACCAUGUCAGAGGAGAAGAGACAAUGGAUGUAUAAAAAUAUUCCUGAGGACAGGCAGCCUGCGCAAGGCAACCCACUGCCACCACAGAUAUUCAGUGAUGAUCGGUACUGUGGGGAUUACGAUGGUUUUUUUGAAUCAAAGGAGAGCAACACUGUGUUCUCCUUUCUUGGACUGAAACCAACUUUGGCAUCAAAGGAGUCAGAACCCUAGAAAGCCCACAUGAAGUAUCAACAAGCACAUUCCUGAAUGAAUGACUCCGUUCUUCAGCACAUAACAGCUUCCCUAAUGGAUCACUGUGAUAGAGCAAACAUGUAUCAUUAGUAGUAGUCUGCUUGCCAUGAGAUGGUGCUCUCCAAUAAUGUGGAGCUAAAAACACUCAUAUGAAAUAGGAUUAAGGCUGGGCUACUCAUCUUCCUUUGUAAAAAUGCUCACUGUUGAUGUUUCACUUCUGUCUUUGGAUUGCUUUUGCAACUGGCCCUGAUAUUCUAACAGACACGUAUGUUUGAGAAUGAGUGGAAGUGUAGGGCUUCUAUCACUCAUGGGUAUACUUAUAUAGUCAUAUUCCUUACCUUUUUUAAUUUUUCCCACUACUGUAGUUCAAAUUAGCUCAUCAUGAUAGUUAAAGUGCUGGUGGUUGUUAUGAUGUUUGGGCUGGCUAUGACCCAGAAGAUAGAAAGUAUCAAUCUUGAGAUCUCAGUCUAAGCCAAAAACUGCUGUAUUUUUGCUCUACAUUUAUUUACUGUGGUGCUUAUUCUAGAUCAUGGUUAUUUUAAGAGACAUGGGCUGCUAAUCUUGUUAAUGAAGACUUGAUUUGUCUAAUGAUGCACAUUGCAACUGACUGUUUAAAACAAGUUGCUAUCAUGAAGGAGGUGCCAAAGUGAAAUAUUUUGACAUGUUUCCAAAUGCAGGUGAAAUGUUCAGUAAAAUACUUGGUGGUACUGGGGAGUUCUGAAGAACUAAAGGGGUCUCAUAGCUAAUGAUAAUAUGAAGUUCUCUCUUAACUGAGAAAGUCUUAACACCCAGUGUUGGAGCUCUAGAGUUGGACUGUCUUAAAAUGAAAUUUUGCCAAAACCUUCAGUUUACCUUCGAUAGCACACAGCUCUACCACAAGCCACAUGAGAGUCAGGGGGAUGCUUUGAGAGCCAGGUUUUAGUCCCAUGAUGGUUAAACACUCCACUGUGGUUCAAGAGCAUGCCUAACCUGCCUAUCUGUUGUCCCGGUUGUAUCCCCAGAUGUGGUCAUGUGGAGGUGCCUCCAAGACAGUGAGAAAGGUGAGUGUGUGCUUUGCUGAGUGAGGCCACAGGGGUUGCUCAGCUGAGCAACAGGAGCCCAGUAAAGGAGGUAGAGAUUAUUCCAGUGGGACUGCUUUGAUCCACAUAGCAGAACUUAGGCCCAUGAAUUGCCAAUAACCAUUACAAGAUGCAUUCUAGACAGAAGUAAAAUUGCAUCACGCAUUUCGAAUCAAGUCUGGCUACAUAAAUAACACCUACCCUGUAAUGUAGCUUUUACUCAAGGGAUUUCAUACUGGCAAGGUAGUGCCAUCACAGUCAAUGUCCUUAUGUAUUUGGGUGAAUGAAAGACAACCCUGUGUGGAAAAGCUUCUUUGCAAUCACAGCAUCACUCAGACCAUGUGGUUUGAAGGAAGCCAGACUUGUAAAAAAUGUCAGAAAGCAACACUACCACAACAGAAGCAACACUGUGAAAAAAAAUCACCUGUUCUGUUGACAUCAGUAACCAUGGCAUACUAGACAUGUCAGCUGGAAGGGACAACUGAAGGUCAUCUGGUCCAGCACUGUCAAAAUCAGGCUUAAGAACCACACUAGCUUGGAUCAGAUAUGGGUUGGUCUAGCAGAGCAUUAAGAAUAUCCAGAGAUGAAGAUCUCAUAACUCUCUAGGUAAUCUGUGACAUUGCUGCAGUGCUUUCCUAGUGAAAACUUUAUUUUUUGAAGUCCAGCUUUGACUCCUAGGCUUUAAUUUGAGGCUGCUGCCUUUGCUUUGUGUUUUUCUGGCACUCUCAAGAACAGAUUGGCACCAUUCUUUCUUUAAUGGCCUCAAGAUAGUUGAAAGCUACCACUGGAUCACCUCUUAGCCUUCUUCUUACCUGACUGAACAAACCUGGCUCCUCAGUUCAUCUAAAGGGCUGGAUGGAGCAAGAGCACACACAGAUUUGAAGUCCAUGGUUGUAUUUACUGGUCCAAAUCUUUGCCAGAGCACCUUCUCUAAAGGAAUCCUGAAUGGGCAUUGAUAUAUGUACGUGCAUUUUUAAGAAUUAUGUUGUCUGUGCUAAGGUACUGUGACAUUCUUGUAACCAAUCCCAUAUUUUCAUGAGACUUGAACUAUAGGAAGGGAAUAUGACAUGAGGUGUAAUUAUACAUUGUUAACUUCACCAAGUUCAAUAUAACUAUUCUUAAAAAAAAAAGUAUUUAACUUUGUAAAUGAAUACAGAUAUAAAUUUAUGUAAUUUUGCAGUUGAUUACAGAGAAGCCAUCCUGGAUUUAUCAUGUACUUGAUACAUUGUAAACUUUGAGAACUGCCUGAAGUCCCAGGUUUGAAAAACUUACUGAAGUGUGUAAGCAUAUGCACAUGAGUAAUCCUGGGUGAAAUCCCAGGCUUACUGAUGUGAAAGGAAAAACCACACUGAUUUCUCCAGGGGUGAAAUCAGUUUCACAAACCUCCUUUGGAAUUUUGAUAAUUGUAGAAUAGAAGGCUCUCAUUUAGUGGAGAGUUAGUCUUGUUUCAGCUGUUAAGUAAACCUGGCUUAUUUUGGAGCACACGUGUGGGUGUAAUCAGUUGUAUGAAGGGCAACACUAGCUCCAAAGAUAUCCUGCUUGCUUGUAUGGAUUGGCAGUGUAAGUCCCUUAGAAUAUGUGCUUUUGAAUUAUAAAUGGCUAGUUUAAAAAAAAAAAAAAAAAAAAGAAGUAUAUAUAUUUGGAUGUGAAUUUUAUCUGUUGUACAACAGCCUUAUUUUUGUAACUAAAGCAAGUAGACUUCUAGUUUGUUAUGUGAGAUGGUCUGGAAUUUUUUAAAUCAGUUUUGUAGUAAAGAAAUGUAACUAUCAGGUAACUGAAAAGGUCUGGGGAAACUAGAGACAUUUAUUGAAAGAAAUAGGAAAUCCUUAAUUCUGUUUAAAAUUUUGACAUACAAAGUUAUGCUUAAGAACCAAAUGAUCCCAAUGUCUAGCUAACUACCCCACUUUUUAAAAUGGAGAGCAGUGUGAGUGAAACUGUUAAUCUUUGUACCUAGCUAAAGUUGCUGUGUGGGCUGACAUGCACAUGCACAUUCACUGUAUCAGUGGCUUUGAUAGAGGUAUUUUUGUUUGUGCCACACACUACUGGAUAGUGCCUUGCCAGAAAAAGGACUGUUUCUGUAGGGUCUUCUUAGAUGUGCUUAAACUUUGAACUGAGAAAGGGGUAGUUUCUAUAUUGCUAUUUUUUUAAUAACACAGUAAAUUUAUUUUGAGGCCUGAGUCAAAAGGCACGUGCUUUGUAAGACUGAAACAGUUUUUGAUGAGUCUUCUGAACUCUUGGUUUUUCCUAGGUGACUUUCUUUUUUUUUCCUUUUUGUUGACUAUUUAGAACCAAACCUUCCAAGGGACGUGAACCUGGACUAAAGCCCAUAAGUUUACACUUACUUUAAGAUAAGAUAAGUAUCUGAUUCUAAUGUUGAGCAGCCCAACUCAACUGAAGUGAAGAGUAGCUGCCAAGCUUUCAGUGGAUUUCUUGGUUGUCCCUCCCUGUCCUUUUCCAUCAUCAGGCCAUUUAUUUGAGGUGUCCUAUUCAAGCAAUACCAUGGUUCAGAAGCAGGACCCUGAAAUGGCCUUGUGGCCCUUCACAGGAGUGCAAGAGUGGAGUGAUCACCAAGAAAAUGCCAAGUCUCAUUAAUCUUCGGUGACUUAUUCACUGAUUUCACUAGGUCUUGGCAUGAAUGGGAGGAGGAUGGAACCCCAUAUGUUCACCCUGCACAGAGAGCAGGAGUGGAAGACCCAGUGCAGAAUGGCCCACGGCUUGUUCUGGCACCCUGAGCAGUGGCUCUCACAGGGGCCCUUGGCUGGCAGUGCCAUGUGUGACACCACCCAGCACUGCUUUCCAGGACUCCAGCUGCAUCAUGGCCUAUGCUUCACCCUCCUGCUCCCUAAGGAAUUUGGGAGGGAGAACAGAGAACAUCAUCUUGAGAGCAGUCCUUCAGCCAGGGCAGAUCCAGCUUACUCCCUUCUUCCUAAUCUUUCUCUCCUCCUCAUGUGUGUCAUCCUGUCCUGUGUAGACCUGCCUGUGUGCACAGCUUCCACUCCCGGCCACCUGUAACACCCCUGGGAGGUCACAAAUGCAGAGCUGCUGUUCCCCCUCACAGCAUCAAUGUUCUGUAACUCGGUAGGGGAGGGAGCAUGUUGCAUCCUAGGUCAUGUACACAUUAUGUAUUAAACUGUGUUCAUCUAAUAAAAAAUUGUAAUUCAGAAAA